ACCAUGAUGAGAAAAAAGGUUGAAGUCCAAGAUGCACUGGCGCGAAAUCUCACCACCACUCGUACAUUAAGGAUAUUCUUAAGCCAUACCGUCUCAGGACAGGCAUGGCAGAACGGAGAGCUCGGCGACGGUACAGAUCUCACAGUCAACUUUGAGAAUGGGCAGGGAAUACCAGCUUGGGCAUUUAAAAUCGAAGGAAGACUAUUAGAGCUUCCAAAUCAACGUUCGAGAGAUAGAGUUGUACCACGCAAAUUCUCUACAUUCAUCAAAAGGAUGAUUGUUGAGUUAGACCGUGAUCCAGCUCUGUAUCCGGAUGGAAAUAUUCUCGAGUGGCCACGUGCUUCUAAUGCGCAACCACUCGAUGGAUUCACUAUAAGACGAACAGGCGACAUACCAACAAAAAUUAGGCUUAUUGUACACCUUGAGCACUUUCCAGAGCAGUAUAAAGUUAGCCCAGAACUAGGGAACGUUUUGGGAAUCAAGGAAGAGAGCCGGUUAGGUGUGAUUCAAACGCUUUGGAACUACAUCAAAAUAAAUGGCCUACAAGACAAGGUCGACCGCAGAAGAAUACGUGCUGAUGACCACUUGAGACCUAUCUUUGGCGGGGAGUCAGUUGUGUUCCAACAACUCCCUGAACUAGUGAAUCGCUAUCUGAUGCCUCCGGACCCCGUUCUCCUCCAUUAUACUUUGAAUCCCACAAUUCCACCUCCUGAGCGGCCGUCGGCAUGGGAUGUUGAAGUGCGAGUGGAGGAUACUGCGUUGAAGAACAGAAUGGCGGUCACAGUCAACACGAGUAAGGAGAGCCUGCAGGAUCUAAAUAAACUUGACGACGAGAUCGCGCUCCUGGCACAGUCGCUUCACAAUUCUCAUUUGAAGCGAACGUUUCUGCAAAGUUUUGCUCGCGAUCCAGCGGAAUUCAUCCAGACGUGGCUGGCGUCGCAAUCCCGUGACUUGGAGAGUGUUCUUGGGAGUGGCCCAAGUGAAGGGGCGACAAUCAGGGCAGAGGAGCUCAGAAGAAGCGAUUUCUUCCGGUUGCCUUGGGUUGAAGAGGCUGUUGCUGUGCAGGAGGGCAUGCGACUCGCUGCGAAAGGGAUGCAAUAAACAAGUCGGUUCGCUGUACAUAGUGAUUUCUUGUACUCUACUUCAUUGCCUCCACGAUGUAAUUUCCCUCUACACUU